AUGAUGCCCCGCCGGAGGAGCCGUUAUGUGCUCCUGGUCGCCUUCGUCAUGGCCUUUAUGCUGUACCAGGUCUUCAGGAACCCCGAAUGGGAUGCGACGAGCUUUACGGGCAGCAUCAAGCCCAACGAACCCGCCAAGGGCAAGACGGAACCCGCGAAGCAGCCUCCAAUCAACGAGCCGCCCGUCAACAAGCCCCUCAACAACCAGCCGCCCCCGGACAGCGAGCACCCGCACGACCAGGAGGAGGACGAGCCCGAACAGAACCCCAUGAAGCAGACGGCCAAGCAGACGGUCAAGAUCCCCCAGCUCAAGACCGAGGCCGCCAAGCCGAAGGGCAUUCCCACCAAGUCUGCCAACACCCCGACGAUGCCCGUCUACGACCCCGACAAGGCUGCCGACGUCACGAAGGCCCCGACCAAACCGACGCUCGAGGAUGAGAUCCACGCCAAGAAGCCCCCUGGCCGACCGAACGCCAACAACCUUGACGAAGACUUCUCCUCCACGACGACGACGUCCCAGAUACACUGGCACAAGGUCUCCGAGCACUUUCCCGUCCCUACCGACGAGAUCAUCCCCCUCCCGACCGGCAAGCCAAAGGAGAUCCCCAGAAUCCAGUACAAGUUUGAGGCCGAGUCUCCCGUCGCCAAGGAGAAGCGCGAGAAGCGUCUGUCAGAGAUCAAGGCCGAGAUGCAGCGCUCUUGGGGCGGGUACCGUAAGUACGCCUGGAUGCACGACGAGCUGUCACCCGUCAGCGCGCGCUUCCGUGACCCCUUCUGCGGUUGGGCGGCUACCCUGGUGGACGGUCUCGAUACUCUCUGGAUCAUGGGCAUGAAAGAGGAAUUUUCCGAGGCAGCAAAGGCCGUUAAGAACAUCGACUUCACCUUUAGCCCCACGCGUCGCGACAUUCCCGUUUUCGAGACAAUUAUUAGAUACUUGGGCGGUCUGCUCGCUGCGUACGAUGUGAGUGGUGGCAAGAAGGGCGGAUACGACAUGCUGCUGGACAAGGCCGUCGAGCUGGCAGAGAUCUUGAUGGGCGUUUUCGACACUCCCAACCGCAUGCCUAUUCUGUACUACAACUGGCAACCUCAGUACGCUUCUCAGCCGCAUCGCGCUGGUACCGUUGGCGUGGCCGAGCUGGGUUCCAUGACCAUGGAGUUCACUCGCCUCGCCCAAUUGACCGGAGAAAACAAGUACUAUGACGCGAUCGCGCGCAUCACCAACGCUUUCGAAGAUCUUCAGAACCGUGGAACCACGCUGAACGGCAUCUUCCCUGAGCAACUGGACGCUUCAGGCUGCAACAGGACCGCGGAGGCCAUCAGAUACCAGGAGUCUCAGGCUGCGGCCGCCAGCGCUAGUGCCGCGGCUGCUGCUGCUCACUUGCAGGAGCCCGAAGGCCACAAGCCUGUUCUGGACGAAAAGCGCAACACCAAGCCCCUCGAAACUGGCGUCCCCAAGGUCAGCAGCACACUCUCGAAGAGAGCUGUUGCUGUUGGCGAAGGCGGCGAUAACAUUGUGGAGAACGCCAGCAUUGAGAAGAAACAGGCUGUUCCUGAGCCUAUUGUCAACGAGCAGCCACUCUACCCCGGCAACAGCGGUCGCCGACCCUCCACCACGACUCCUGAGGAGGAGAAGUCCGAGUGGGAGUGCAUCCCGCAGGGACUUGCCCCCGGCGGCUGGGGAUACGAGCAGUACAGUAUGGGUGGAAGCCAGGACUCCACCUAUGAAUAUUUCCCCAAGGAAUAUCUGGUGCUCGGCGGUCUGGAGCCUAAGUACAAGACUAUGCACAUCAAGACGGUCGAAGCCGUCAAGAAAUGGCUCUUGUACAGACCCAUGGUUCCCAAGGAGAGAGACAUCCUCUUCUCUGCCAAGGUUUCCACAUCAGGCGAUCCCGAGAACGACCUCCGCACCGAGUAUGAAGUCACUCACCUCACCUGCUUCAUCGGCGGCAUGUUCGGCCUCGGCGGCAAGAUCUUCGACAGACCCGAGGACAUCGAGAUUGCCAAGAGACUCACCGACGGCUGCGUUUGGGCAUACGAAACGAUGCCCUCGGGAAUCAUGCCCGAAGGCGCUUCUGUCGUACCCUGCGCGUCUACUAAGAGCUGCCCCUGGAACGAGACACUCUGGUGGGAGCACCUGGACCCUUCGGCCGCAUGGCGUGAUGCGCAAGUCAAGGAAUGGGAGGAGAGGCAGCAGGACAAGAAGAGUGAGGAGCUCAGGAGAGAAGCCGCCGUCGAGAAGUACUCUGUCGACAAGAUCAUGCCUGCGCCCGUGGAGAAGGAGAAGGUCGACCCUCUCGCCGACGUUCACGUUCCCAAGGACGAGCCAAAGGCGGUGAAUGAGGUCAAGAAGACGGAGUGGCCUGCCCCCGAACCAGGCCUGAACAAGUCGCCCUCGAACGCCGACGAGCACCUGCUCAAGAAGAGGGCCCCUCCCGCCUCGGAAGACCCUCGCAAGGGCACUGCCGAGGAGAAGGCCAGCAACUCUUUGAAGGACAAGCUUGACCUCAACAGCGCCGACAACACGGGCAGCAGCAGCAGCGGAAGCGGCAGCGGCAGUGUCUCGAGCGACGCUCCCGUCAGCGGAGGCGUCGUCGGUACGGUCCCCAUCUACGAGGAAGAGUACCCCGACCCCAAGCCCCUUUCUCACAAGGAGUACGUCCUCAAUAAGCUCGACGAGGAGAAGAUCCCGCCUGGCUUCGUCAACAUCAACUCCAGGCGCUACAUCCUCAGACCCGAAGCCAUCGAGUCGGUCUGGUACAUGUACCGCAUCACGGGCGACCCCGUCUGGCAGGAGAAGGGCUGGAACAUGUGGAAGGCCGUCAUCGGGGCCACGCGCACCGACUACGGCGCCAGCGCCGUCGACAACGUCCUCUCCAAGAAACCCGAACCCGUCGACGAGAUGGAGAGCUUCUGGGUCGCCGAGACCCUCAAGUACUUUUACCUCCUCUACUCGGAACCCGACGUCAUCAGCCUCGACGACUGGGUCCUCAACACCGAGGCCCACCCCUUCAAGAGGCCCGUGUAA